ACGGAGAAGAGAGAGAGAGAGAGAGAGAGAGAGAGAGAGAGAUGGGAGGUAAAGGAAUCAGACGGAGAGAGAAGAAUUACAGAGCAGCGCACGAUGGAGGAUACACCAGGCUGCCGCCGCCACCUGAUUACUCCAAAGCCGACGCCUUGCCCUCUAAGCUUCGCAAACUCCUCGCCUUCACUGCUUCUCAUGAUCCCAAAGACGAUUUGAAGUUCUCAAAAGUUGCUGAAGAAAAAAAGAGGAAAAAUGGAGUUGGUGCUGCUGAACCAAAGCCCGAGGAUGAAGUCGACUUUGAAACUGGAUUUGAUGAUGAGGGUAAUGCUGAGGAUUCGGAACAUCAACAUACGGAUGAGAAGAAAAAGAAGAAAAGAAAGAGAAAGCAAGUACAGGACCUUCGGUUUGAAAAUGUAGGAUUGGAGCAAUCAGGAACUCGGCUAAAAAGAAAGGAGCGUAAGAAAAAGUACUUGGAGGCAAAGAAAAACAAAAAGAAGAAGGGCAAGACAGAGGAGAAUGAAGAUUUCCCUGGAUGUGAGGAAAUCAGAUUUGGAGACGUGGUUCAAGCGCCCCCAAAGUUGGUUGUUCCUAAGGCGUUGAAGAAUGUACAAGAUGCUUCUAAGGAGAGGGUUCGAGUCAAGGCAAUUGAGGCAUACAGGCAGCGCAAAGGAUGGAACGCAAGGCCGGGGAUUCAACUUCCUCCUCCUGUGACUGGAUCAUUGUAAUCGGUAAAACUGGAAUGCAUGUUUAUCCUUUUGGCUACUUGCCUGGCAGCUUUUCUGUGUCGUAGUUUGUGAUGCUAUAGGAAACCCUCUUGUGCCUCUGCAAUUCUGUAAUUUAUCCAACAAGUUUUGAUCUAAAAGUGUUAAAUAACUUUCGGAAAUAUGUAUCAUUCUUGGUUCUUUUGGCUAA